AAAAAGAAGCCCAAGCACCGACUUCCAUUUCUUGAAAAAAAUCAACAAAAGCUUAAAUUUUUCUCCUUUCUUUUUGUUCAAGAACAAGAUUUAGGAGCUUGAAAUCUUUCCCCUCUGCAGAAAAUCUCGGAUCUACUCUGCUCCUUCCUCCCUUCCGUCCGCUGCUCUUGGUGUGGGUGUGAGUUUUCCAGUUUUGUCGGCCUCCCUCAAACCCGCCAGCUCCAACUUUGCUUGCUGGAUUUCUGGUGCUGUUAUGGCUUAGAGCACUUGGAUUGAGUCCUCAAUUUUAUGCAAUUUAAGGUAAGUAAAUUAUGGUAAUGCCCUCCGAUUUUUAAAGCACAUUUUAGCUUGUUUUUGAAGUGGUGGGGGGACUAAACCCGUUUUACACAAGUAUGAUCGAUUUGAAAUGAAAUUAUUAUUCUUUUUAUUGAUUUGAUCAUACCUUCUUGGAGUUUACUUAACUGCCCUGAUGAUCUAGAAAUUAUUUGUGAAUUAUGAUUUUUCUGUUAACCUUUGCCUAGUUUUGUUUCCAAUAUGGUCAUGUUAUUUGUGUGCCCGCUAGUGAGAGGUUUAUAAACGCUAGUACAUGUCGAUAUGUGUUUCUGUAGAGCCAGUUCCUCCUGCCAGUGGGAGUUGUUAAACAUUAGUAUUUCUGUAAUCUUGCUAAUGGGAUUAUACACUAGUAAAUUGUGUGCCUGUCAGUGGGAGGUUUAUAACACUGGCCAUGACCCAUAGAGGAGACGUUUAUUUCAUUUCCGUACUCGUAUUUGUUUUUUGUGAUUAUAUUUGUUGGCAUGCUAUAAGUUUAAUUAAGGGCUAUCCAUAUUUACUUACUGAGUUAUCUCAUAGUUUUUCCUUGUCCACCAUUUUAGGAAGCGAAGUCAAGGAUAGGGAAAAACGAGGGGAGUGACGAGUUAGAAGGCUAGCCAUCUUGUAAAUUGAACAUAGAUUUUAGAUAUGAAUCAUGAUCUUGUAAGCUAGACUUUAUUUGGAGAUUUUAUCAUAUUAGAGCAAAUUUUUAUAAUUUUAUCUUCAGAUUUUGAGGUAUCAGAUUGUGGUAUCAUAAAGUUUUGAGCCUUGUGCAUUUGUGGGAUCCUCUCACAAGUGUACGGUGUCUGCCACGUCCCCGGAUUUGAGUUCAGGGGCAUGAGAGGGUCUCACUUCCUGAAAUGGUGGACAAGGAAAACUAUGAGGUAAGAUAUCUUAGUAAGUAAAAAUAUGGAUAGCCUAUGAGUAAAAUUUAAGCAUGCCUCAUAAACAAUUGAACAUAACAAAGCGUUCAAUGAUAAACCGUUAAUGCAGAAUAAGAUUCAGUAGUAAUCUCAUCUAUAAGUCAUGGCCAGUGUUUAACAAACUCCCACUAGCAGGCAUCAGUAAUAACCAAUGUAUUAUCCCAUUGGCAAGAUUACAGAAUGAACUGGUCCUAUCGAUAUACAUGUCGACAUGUGCUAGCGUUUGCAAACUCCCACUAGCGAGCGUUAGUAAUCAUGAUUAUAUUAGAGACAAAACCAUGUAGGAUUUACAAGAAAAAUCUAUAAUUCACAAUCAAUCUCAAAUUUCAAGAAUAAACUGGAAAAAUUCCAUGUGGGCAUGCUCAACCCCAAAAAUAAUAAAAAUUUUCAUUUCCA